AUGGACUAUCGCUUAUACGAACAACUCUUAGCUUCUGAAGAUAUGCCCGAACAUCCAAAUAUUGAUACUAAGUCUAUUCAGGCCUGGCAAGAGCAAAGACGGCAGGAUAUCAAAGAAAUUCUCCUAAAAAGGAAAGAAGAGAUAGAGAAAAAGGAAAUCAGAACAAAAGAAGAAGAAAAAGAGAUAGAAAAAAUCAAUCAACUGACUAAGGAAGAGAUUGUGGAAAUUUAUUCAAAAACAACUAUUUCUGAUCAAAAUCAAAAUCAAAACAAUGAUAAGGACAAGAAUAAUUUAUCAGAUCAAAAUCAAAAACAAAGUUGUGAAACAGAAGAAGAAACCGUAUUCCUGGCUACAGAUGCUCCUCCAGAGUUACAGGCCGUAGAGAGUGAUUUAUUGGGUUUACUAUCGCAAUCGGAUACAACUAUUGAAUAUUUAAUGCAUGCAUUGAGUUUAAAGGAAGCUGUGGGGGUAAGUGAUUACUUGAUGGUUUUGUUAGUUCAUAAUGCUAAGGAAGGGUUGGUUGUAGCCACUAAACGGAUUUGCAAGUACGUUAUUGCUUAUGAUUACAUUCAGAAGGCUAAAUUAGGCCAAAUAACCCAAAGUCUUAUCUAUGCCAUUGAAAAGGAAGGCCAUGCCUACUGGGCUAAAGUGUUCCAGCACUACCAUCCUGAUGCUUAA